CCGCGUCUGCAGGCAGAGCUCGCUCGGCUCUGGGGACGCCGCCACCUUCGCCUCCGCUGCCUCUUCCUCCUCCCGUGGGCGUGCACGGGCCUGCGCGCCGGGGCGGGGAGGGAGCUCUGCUCUGGCUAGGCGGCGGGGCCCCGGCUGCUGUUGAACACCGGCUCGGCGCAGCCGGGUCUGCCUGCCUCACCGCGGUGUGACAGGUGCAGAGUCGGGGCUGAGGACCCACCUGCGGCCGGCGCGGUGAUGCCCACCAUGCGGAGGACGGUGUCGGAGAUCCGCUCGCGUGCGGAGGGUUAUGAGAAAACGGAUGAUGUAUCAGAGAAGACCUCAUUAGCUGACCAGGAAGAAAUACGAACUAUAUUUAUCAACCAGCCUCAGCUGACGAAAUUCUGCAACAACCAUGUCAGCACUGCAAAAUACAACAUAAUCACAUUCCUUCCACGAUUUCUCUACUCUCAGUUCAGAAGAGCUGCCAAUUCAUUUUUUCUCUUUAUUGCACUGCUGCAGCAAAUACCUGAUGUGUCACCAACGGGUCGUUACACAACACUGGUUCCUCUCUUAUUUAUUUUAGCUGUGGCCGCUAUCAAAGAGAUAAUAGAAGAUAUUAAAAGACACAAGGCUGACAAUGCGGUAAAUAAGAAACAGACCCAAGUGUUGAGAAAUGGUGCUUGGGAAAUUGUUCACUGGGAAAAGGUGGCAGUAGGGGAAAUAGUGAAGGUGACCAAUGGGGAACAUCUCCCAGCAGAUCUCAUCAGUCUGUCCUCCAGUGAACCUCAGGCCAUGUGCCACAUUGAAACAUCCAACUUAGAUGGUGAAACGAACUUGAAAAUAAGACAGGGCUUGCCAGCAACCUCAGACAUCAAAGACAUUGAAAGUUUGAUGAGAAUUUCUGGCAGAAUUGAGUGUGAGAGUCCAAACAGACAUCUCUAUGAUUUUGUUGGAAAUAUCCGACUUGAUGGACAUGGCACUAUUCCCCUGGGCGCAGAUCAGAUCCUUCUUCGAGGUGCUCAGCUGAGAAACACGCAGUGGGUCCAUGGGAUAGUUGUCUACACUGGACAUGACACCAAGCUGAUGCAGAACUCAACAAGUCCUCCACUUAAGCUCUCAAAUGUGGAACGGAUUACAAAUAUGCAGAUUCUGAUCCUAUUUUGUAUCCUGAUUGCCAUGUCUCUUGUCUGCUCUGUGGGUUCAGCCAUUUGGAAUCGAAGGCAUUCUGGGAGGGACUGGUAUUUGAACCUAAGCUAUGGUGGCGCUAAUAAUUUUGGACUGAAUUUCUUGACCUUCAUUAUCCUUUUCAACAACCUCAUUCCUAUCAGCUUGUUGGUUACAUUAGAAGUGGUGAAAUUUACUCAGGCAUACUUCAUAAAUUGGGAUCUUGACAUGCACUAUGAACCCACAGACACUGCUGCCAUGGCCAGAACAUCAAAUCUGAAUGAGGAACUUGGUCAGGUUAAAUACAUAUUUUCGGACAAGACUGGCACCUUGACAUGCAAUGUAAUGCAGUUUAAAAAGUGCACCAUAGCAGGAGUUGCUUAUGGGCAGAGCUCACAGUCUGGAGAUGAAAAAACAUUUAGCGACUCAUCAUUGCUGGAAAAUCUCCAAAGUAAUCAUCCAACCGCACCUAUCAUCUGUGAAUUUCUGACAAUGAUGGCAGUCUGUCACACGGCAGUGCCUGAACGCGAGGGUGACAAGAUUAUUUAUCAAGCAGCAUCUCCAGAUGAAGGAGCCUUGGUCAGAGCAGCCAAACAAUUGAAUUUUGUUUUCACUGGAAGAACACCCGACUCAGUGAUUAUUGAUUCACUGGGUCAGGAAGAAAGAUAUGAAUUACUCAAUGUCCUGGAAUUCACAAGCGCCAGAAAAAGAAUGUCAGUGAUUGUUCGCACUCCAUCCGGGAAGUUACGACUUUACUGCAAAGGAGCUGACACUGUCAUUUAUGAGCGACUAGCAGAGACUUCAAAAUAUAAAGAAAUUACUUUAAAACACUUGGAACAAUUUGCUACAGAAGGGCUCAGGACGUUGUGUUUUGCUGUGGCUGAGAUUUCAGAGAGCGACUUUCAGGAGUGGCGCAAGGUGUACCAGCGUGCCUCGACGGCUGUGCAGAACAGGCUGCUCAAGCUUGAAGAGAGCUACGAGCUCAUUGAGAAGAAUCUUCAGCUACUUGGAGCAACGGCCAUUGAAGAUAAAUUACAAGAUCAAGUACCUGAAACCAUAGAAACCCUAAUGAAAGCAGACAUCAAAAUCUGGAUCCUUACAGGAGACAAGCAAGAAACUGCCAUCAACAUUGGACACUCUUGCAAACUUCUGAAGAAGAACAUGGGAAUGAUUGUUAUAAAUGAAGGCUCCCUGGAUGAUACAAGGGAGACCCUCAGCCGUCACUGCACUAACCUCGGCGAUGCUCUUGGCAAGGAGAAUGACUUUGCUCUUAUUAUUGAUGGGAAAACACUGAAGUAUGCCUUAACCUUCGGAGUACGACAGUAUUUCCUGGACCUAGCCUUGUCGUGCAAAGCUGUUAUUUGCUGCAGGGUUUCUCCUCUUCAAAAAUCAGAAGUCGUGGAUAUGGUUAAAAAACAAGUCAAAGUCAUAACACUUGCCAUUGGUGAUGGAGCAAAUGACGUCAGCAUGAUACAGACAGCUCACGUCGGUGUGGGGAUAAGUGGCAAUGAAGGCCUGCAGGCAGCCAAUUCUUCUGACUACUCUAUUGCACAGUUCAAGUACUUGAAAAAUUUAUUGAUGGUUCAUGGUGCCUGGAACUAUAACCGAGUCUCGAAAUGCAUUUUGUACUGCUUCUACAAGAACAUCGUCCUCUAUAUAAUUGAGAUCUGGUUUGCCUUUGUCAAUGGUUUCUCUGGACAGAUCCUGUUUGAAAGAUGGUGCAUAGGUCUGUAUAAUGUGAUGUUUACAGCAAUGCCGCCCUUAACUCUUGGAAUAUUUGAGAGAUCAUGCAGAAAAGAGAAUAUGUUGAAGUACCCCGAGUUGUACAAAACAUCUCAGAAUGCCCUGGAUUUCAACACCAAGGUUUUCUGGGUUCAUUGUUUAAAUGGCCUCUUCCACUCAGUUAUUCUGUUUUGGUUUCCACUAAAAGCCCUUCAGUAUGGUACUGUGUUUGGAAAUGGCAAAACCUCUGAUUAUCUGCUGCUGGGGAACUUUGUUUACACGUUUGUUGUGAUAACUGUGUGCUUGAAAGCUGGACUGGAGACAUCAUACUGGACAUGGUUCAGCCACAUAGCAAUUUGGGGCAGCAUUGCACUCUGGGUGGUGUUUUUUGGGAUCUACUCAUCACUGUGGCCUGCCGUCCCGAUGGCCCCUGACAUGUCGGGGGAGGCAGCCAUGUUGUUCAGCUCUGGAGUCUUCUGGAUGGGUUUGUUGUUCAUCCCUGUGGCAGCCUUGCUUCUUGACGUGGCGUACAAGGUCAUCAAGAGGACCGCUUUUAAAACCUUAGUAGAUGAAGUGCAGGAACUGGAGGCCAAAUCUGAAGACCCAGGAGCUGUUGUGCUUGGGAAAAGCCUCACCGAGCGAGCGCAGCUGCUCAAGAAUGUAUUUAAGAAGAACCAUGUGAACCUGUACCGGUCCGAAUCACUGCAACAAAACCUGCUCCAUGGGUAUGCCUUCUCUCAAGAUGAAAAUGGGAUCGUUUCACAAUCUGAAGUGAUUAGAGCCUAUGACACCACAAAACAGAGGCCUGACGAAUGGUGAUGGCAAGGGGCAGGGAGGCAGGCCCAGCUCUGUCUCCAAGGAGAGCUACAGGUCGUCACCAGUCUGCCAACCCGGUUCAUCUGGGUCCACGGGGAAGACAGGUGGAUCUGGGCUUGUCUCAUGGGUGGACCUGCAGAUGCGUGUAUGUCAUAGACAUGAGCACUGUGCGACUAUACUGUAACAUCAUCGCUCUCCGAUUUUUAAAGUCUUUGCUAAGUCUUUGUAAAAAGCAGUUGAAAAUGA